AACAACAGCUCCUCCAACAACCGUCAUAACAACGGCUCCUCCAACAACCGUCAUAACAACGGCUCCUCCAACAACCACAAUAACAACGGCUCCUCCAACAACCGUUCAAACAACAGCUCCUCCUACAACCCUAAUAACAACAGCCCCUCCCACAACAAUCGAAACAACAGCUCCUCCAACAACCGUUCAAACAACGGCUCCUCCCUCAACCAUGAUAACAACAGUCCCCCCAACAACGGCAAAAACAACAGCUCCUCUCACAACCGUAAUAACAACAACUCCUCCCACAACAGUCGAAACAACAGCUCCUCCAACAACAGUCAUAACGACAACAACCACAAUAACAACGGCUCCUCCAACAACCACAAUAACAACGGCUCCUCCAACAACCGCAAUAACAACGGCUCCUCCAACAACCGCAAUAACAACGGCUCCUCCCACGACCACAAUAACAACGGCUCCUCCAACAACCGUUCAAACAACAGCUCCUCCUACAACCCUAAUAACAACAGCCCCUCCCACAACAAUCGAAACAACAGCUCCUCCAACAACCGUUCAAACAACGGCUCCUCCCUCAACCAUGAUAACAACAGUCCCCCCAACAACGGCAAAAACAACAGCUCCUCUCACAACCGUAAUAACAACGACUCCUCCAACAACAUUCGAAACAACAGCUCUCCCAACAACGGCAAUAACAACAGCUCCUCCAACAACGGUUAA